AUGGCCCAAAGGAAAUGCCGAGGCAGAACGUUUUAUGCAGCCCUCGGCAAAGCGCUUAAAACAGCAAAAAUCGAGCAACGACCCUGGAAACAGGAAAUGAAUCAAUUUCUCCUUCAAUACCGCACCUCACCACAUUGUUCCACCGGAGUUCCACCAGCGGAAUUAUUGUUUAAUCGGACAGUGAAAGGACAAUUACCGGUAUUACACCAGAAAAGCAACGUCAGUAGACACAAGGAAGCUCGUGAUAAUGAAAGGAAAAGACAGGAAUACAACGAAAAGUAUGAUCGUCGUGUACAUCGCAGCAGAAAAGACGAGAUAAAAGUAGGAGAUCAUGUGUUAGUGCGACAAAAUAGGCAAAACAAGCUGUCUCCAACCUUUGACCCAACACCAUAUGUCAUUACAAAGCGACAAAACUCGCGUGUAACAGCCUGA